AUGGCCUUUUUACUUAUUGAGUGGCCCAAUGAAACCCCCAAAAAAUAUUCAGUGGUAUCGUCAGAAAAAUUGGAGGAUGGAUCGCUUCGAGGUGAUUUAAGAAGUAUAAUAGGUGAUAUUGUGCAAAUUGUUUGGACCCGUGGAAAAAUUUAUCCAGGACUGGUGUUAAACAUUGGAACUGAACAUGAGUUAUCUGAGGAGGCGGACGAGUUGGCUUUUAAUGCUGCCAACUCCCCAGUUAACGAGGUCACGACUGGACGGAAGAGGAAGCAUGAGGAACCCAAAAAGGUACCCAACAGACGACAACGUGCUGAGACAAUAGAAAAUAUUGUUGAAAAUAUUCCUCAGCCACUUAUUUCUGCUACAUCAACCGGAAACAUUACAAGCCAAACACAGGAAAAUAAUAAUGAUAACUUGGUUACUAAUUUUGAAGACAAAUAUCGUCGGUUGAAGGAGAAGUAUAGAAAACUUAGGACUAAAUAUCGGGAUUUGAAGGAGUCGAUUGAGUUGAAUCGAACUACUGAGGUUGAAUUAUACCCAGAUAGAUACCCAGAUAGUAAUGUUGUUCUCCCUGCGGCCGAUUUGGCCGCGAUAAAACUGGGAUCAAAUAAACCUACAGUGUUAGCAAGAAAUCUGUUCCGUCGGUUAUUUUCGUCCGAUGAAUUGUCCCGUCACUCACUUUUUGGGAAAAAGUGCAAUGCGAACAAGAAUGCAGAGCCAUUACCGGUUAUCGACACAAUCAGGCGUGAUGCUAUUAUUAGAUAUGUAUUAAAAGAGGAAGGGCUAGAUGAACAGCUUAACACUGGGAACGUUGAAGCUGACAAAAUAUUUCUAAAAACUAAGAAGGCGACCAAGAAGGAAAUCGAGAAGUCGCUGUCUCAAUUUCUGAGGGAGGAAUGCAAAAAAUGA